AAGAACAUCACUAACUUAUAUAUUUAAUUAAUAUUUCUCACUGGAACAUAACAUUUAAAGUUAUUUUCCAAAAAUAAAUAUGAGAGUUAUUCUAAGUAGAAAAAUUGUAAGAGAUUUGUGCAAUUUUCCAUUAAUGAAACGGCAAACAUAUGACUACUAUUAACUUAUAUAAAAUCAUGCAUUAAUUACAAGGAACUCUUAACCUCAUAUAUAUAAUACGACUUAUAUUGGACAAAACAUUAUUUUAUUCUUCAUAUAUACAAGAGAAGACACAAUCAAUAUCUACAUCAACAAAGAAAUCAUCUCCCUAAUGGAAAAAAUUGUUAGGUUUUGUUUCACUCUCCUUCUCCUUACACUUCUCACCAAAGGUAUUUGGAGUUGUGGUUUGAACAAUAUAACAAUUGGAACAAUAAGGAGUGGUGUAGUAAUAAAGGGAAUGCCAGAAUGGAAUGUGGUUGUUGUGAACAAUUGUGAUUGCCCCAUGCAAAAUUUGGUAUUGUCUUGCAAUGAUUUUCAGACAACAGAGCCAGUGGAUCCAACUCUUUUCAAGCCUUUGGGAAACAAUCAAUGCAGUGUCAACAAUGGCAAUGCCAUAAAAGGAAAGGAUACUGUCAAGUUUUCUUAUGCUUGGGAUCCUCCUUUUUUUCUUAGGCCAACUUCUGUUAAUGCUUCAUGUUGAACAAACUAUUAUUUACUAUAUAUGAUGUCGAGUGGGCGUUCAAGCCACCUGACUAUAAGCAGAGGAGGUUUGACUAGUAUCAUACUAUUAUUAUAAUUUGAAUUUUAAUGAGAGGGUUCUAAUAGGUUCUUCUUUCACUUGUAAAUGCUCUUAACCUUAAAUGUUUGGUUUAAAACGA